GGUAUCUUUGGUAUUGUUUCGAAUCCACCUGAUGCUAUGACCCAGAAUAGGAAAGCCUCUAAAAUCGACUGAUUAUGAGCCGAGCCGCGAUGACUUCGUCGGCGCCAGGAUCCAGGGGGUUUUAAUAUCAUUUUUUCUGGUUACUUAAAUUGACAAUAACCCAGUUUUGCCGAUCAGAUGUACUAGUCGAAAGAGUCAAGCAGCGCUUCACUUCAUAUUUUCCAUUCUCAUACUCGCCUAUAUAUCUCAAGCGUUUAUCAACUUAAACAAUUUAUAAUUCUUAAUUAAACUACUUUUGUCAUCUUUCACCAUGCCCGCUAUCGACACCGAACUUAUUACCCGUGAGCUGCCCCAGCUCAUCACCCGGGAAAUGAGCAAUAUGAGCAUCAUCAUGAAGAGGGAGGUUGACCAUAGAGCGGUUGAAACGUUUCUCGUUGCCUUUACCUGCAUUUUUGGUGUCGGCGGUUGGAUCCUCUGGAUGGUUAAGCAAAAGUAGUCGAUAACCGAAGCAAUAUUUUUUAUACACAAAUCGCCUCCGGCCUUACACCGGAACUUGAUCCUCCUACUUCCUCCAGUGUCGAGGAGGGAGGGCGAUAUACUAUUGAUACCCAAGAUGCAGAAGGACAUCUAGACUACAGGCGAGCAGAUGUACCACCAUAUAUAACCGUCGUGCUGACGACAUUGAGAUACCCAACGUUGAGAAGAUAGAGAUUGUGGGCAUAUCUGGACCCCUAUCAUAAGGGGUGAAGUUAUUUGACAUCAGAUACCUAAAUUAGGUAUCGUAACUAGUUGGAGAAGAAUGCGAUAAAUUUGGUUAAACAAUCUAUAUUACUAUCGCUCUAUUCUGUUCCAAGCUUCGUAGCCAAUUUAUCGCUCUUGACGCUUUUAACAUGCCAUGCUGAGUUGAGUACAGGAUCAAUGAUGAUUUAUGCCAUGGGCAUGUUAAUUCCGGGAAGCUCUGUGAGCCCUGUUGCUUAAUUAGAAGAAUGAACCACGAGUUUCGAUAGUAGUAUAACUUACAUCCGUCUUCAUCCUCAGACACAACUUUCUUCACGCUGCACUGCCUUGCGGCGUCGAUGGCCUGGGUCUUGAGGGUUGCGCAGC